AUGGCGGCGCGCGCUUCUGGCCAGUCCGAGGAGCAAGCCGCUGCCGCCGCGUCGUCCGUAGCCAAUCCGGAGCCGAUUAAGACACCGUCAUUCGUUAUUCCCAAGAACAAAAUCUCGAUUCCCGGGCAAUCUUUGGCGAUCGUGCCGGUCGGGGGAAGCGUUACGAAAGCCGGCGAGGAGGCGGAGGAUGAUAAGCCGAGGCGCCCUCGGAAGUACCGGUGGGGACCAGAUCCGCUUCUGGAUCCUGCGACGCGCAGGGGUCGCGCGCUGGCCAUUCAGACGCGCAUCGAGCAGAUCUCGUCGCAGCUGGAGCUGAACACGUUGGAGAUUGACGAGAACGAGGCCACGCGCUCGCCGUCCCCGCCGCCGAUCUACGACAAUAUGGGGCAGCGCCUCAACACCCGCGACCAAAGGAAGCGCGACCAGCUUGACAUUGAAAAGCGCAAAGCAAUAGCCGAGUGUAUCAAUCUUAACCCCCACUUCAAGCCGCCUGCGGGGUACAAGCCUGUGCUCGAGGAGGCGAAGCUCUUCGUGCCGGUCAAGCAAUACCCGGGCUACAACUUCAUCGGGCUCAUUAUAGGCCCGCGCGGCAACACGCAGAAGCGGAUGGAACAGGAAACGGGUGCGCGUAUCGUGAUUCGAGGGAAAGGCGCAACAAAAGAAGGAAAGAAGGACAAGUACCAGGAGGGAGCGAGCGAAGACCUCCACGUUUACAUCUGCGCUGACAAGCUGGAGAAGGUGGAUGCUGCCGUUGACAUGAUUGAACCUCUUCUGACCCCGAUUGACGAAUGGAGGAACAUUCACCGGCGCAAGCAGCUGAGAGAGCUCGCGCUGAUGAACGGAACGAUGAAGGACGUGCAGCAGGUGUGCUUCCUGUGCGGGGAGCCCGGCCACAAGGACUUCCAGUGCCCCAAGGAGAAGCUUCAGACCUUCAAUGCCAAGGUGACGUGCGCCAUCUGCGGAGAUGGAGGCCAUCCGACUGUUGAUUGCCCCAGAAGGAGGGCAGGAGGGCCUCCGGGCAAGGGCAUGGAUCAGGAGUAUCAGUCCUUCCUCAACGAAAUUAACGCCGGCAGUGGUGGACCGGACGCGAGGGGCGAUGGGAGAGGGGAUGGAAGAGGUGACGGUAGGGGGGAUGGUAGGGGGGAUGGCAGGGGGGAUGGCAGGGGGGACGGCAGGGGCGAUGGCAGGGGCGGUUAUGGAGAUCGGAGGGGUGGAGAUGGGUACAGGGGUGGUGGUGAUGGGUACAGGGGCGGGGACGGGUACAGGGGUGGGGAUAGUUACAGUCGUGGUGGUUACAGCGACAUUGGUUAUGGUGGUAACCGCGGGGGGCCAGGGGGAGGGGGGGGAGCGCCGGGGGGAGGUUCUUAUCCCCCGGGGCGGGGUCCCCCAGGGGGUCCCCCCCCCGGGUCCUACCCCCCGCCAGGCAUGGGCGGACCUCCCCCCGGCCGCCCCGCGCCCUCGUCCUUCCCCCGCCCGUUCGCCCCAGGGCAGGGUCCCCUGGGGAUGCCAGGUCAGCAGCCAGGUCAGCAGGGAGGAAGCGCGUACAGCCACGUGGGCAUGCCAGGUCAGCCGCCCAUGCGCCCGAGCUUGACUCCUGGUCCGCCUAUGGUCCCCCGGGGGCAAGGUCCCCCGCCUGUGGGGGGGUAUCCUGCAGGGGGGGCGGGGGGAGCGCCCCCGCCUGGGGGCCCGGGGGGAGCGCCCCCUCCCCCAGGCCCUGGGGUGUAUGGUCAGCAGCAGCCGUCGCCGCAGCAGCAGCAGUCUCAGUACCCGCAGCAGCCGCCGCAGCAGCAGCAGUACCCUCCUCCCCAGCAGCAGCAGGGGUACCAGCCUCAGCAGCAGCAGCCGUACGCGCCGCCGCAUCAGCAGCCGGGUCAACCGAGUCAACCCGGUCAACCGCCGUCCAGCCGGCCGGCCUGGGGGGAUGAUCGCGCCAGCAAGCUGCCGAGAAUGGACGGUGGGCCGACAGACGCCCCUUCCUCUUACCCGCCGCCCCAGCAACAGCAGACAGGACAAGGAAUGCCGCCCCGGCAGCGCACAGGGAUUGGGUAUCAGGCCCCUCCUCCUGGCCCGUCUGGUCCGUCUGGGUAUGGCCCGCCCCGCCCCGCACCUGGAUACGGACCUCCCUCCGGACCUCCUUCCGGACCUCCAUCCGGACCUCCCUCUGGUCCUCCCGGGCCAUCUGGACCAGCCGGGUAUGGCCCUCCUUCCGGACCUCCCUCCGGACCUCCAGGACCAUCUGGUCCGGGAUACGGGGCGCCUCCGCCAGGCCCGUCCGCGGGGCAGAGCUAUGGGGCCGCACAGGGGCAGGGGUAUGGGUCCGCGCAGGGGUCUAGUGCGGUGCAGGGGUAUGGGCAGGGGCCGGCGCAGGGGUCCGCGCAGGGGCAGGGGUAUGGGUCCGCGCAGGGGCAGGGUCCGCAAGGAUAUGCGCCUGGUCCAGCCCCAGGGGGAGGUUAUGCCCCCCCUGCUUCCGCUGGCCAGCAGUAUCCGCCACAGCAGCCUCCCCAGCAGCAGCAGCAGCAGCAGCAGUAUGGGAUGGCUCAAGCAGGAGGGGCAGCGCCCGCUCCCCCCGCCUUCCCCCCUCCGCCGCAGCCCAGCUCCCCCCCGCCCCCGCCUCCGCCUCCGCCCAGCAGCGGGGACUCCCCUCCCCCGCCUCCCCCCACAGACCAGCCCGCGCCCCCGCCCAUGCCCCCUACCGCGGGCGCCUAUGGUGCUCCGUCGUGGCAGCAGCAGCAGCAGCAGCAGCAGCAGCAGCAGGCGCCUCAGCAGCAGCAGCAGCAGCAGCAGCAGCAGCAGCAGCAGGGGCAGCAACAGCAGCAGCAGGGGCAGCCGGGGCAGCAGGGUGGCGGGUUUUAUCAACCCCAGCAGCAGCAGCAGCCUCAUGCAGGCGGGUUUGUAGCAGGAGGAGCAGCAGCAGGGGGAGCAGGAGCAGCAGGGGCAGGAGCCGCAGGAGGAGGGCCUGGGGCAACUGGACCCGGGAUGGGGGGACCAAUGGGGGGCGGAAUGGGGGGAAACAUGGGGGGAGGCAUGGGCUAUGCCCCCCCCAGGGGUCCGCCUACGGGGCAGCCUCCUUUCACCCCCCCUGCUGGAGCUCCCCCUCCCUACAUGCCCGGCCGCCCCCCCAUGCCGGGCGGCGGUUACGGUGGUAACCAGUUCGCCCCUCCCCCUCAGUGGGGGCCUGGGACCCCCCUGGGGUUCGGGGGACCUGGUGCUCCCCGCCCUGCCUGGGGGCCUGGGGGAAUGGGGGGCCCGGGGGGACCGGGGGGAAUGGGGGGAAUGGGGGGACCUAGGGGGCCUGGGGGAGCUUCCUCUUCCCCCUUUGGCCCUGGUGGCGCUCCUGGGUUUGGGCUAGGGGGUCCGCCUCCCCCUUUCCCCGGGGCUAUGGGGGCGCCCAGGUUCCCUGGUCCGGGUGGUUACCAGCCGGGGGGUCCGGGUUUCGGGGGUGCUAGGCCUUCUGCUGCUCCCCCUGCGACUGGAGGAGGACAGGGAGAAGAAGAUGCCGAGUAUGAGAAGCUUAUGGCAUCGAUUGGGGUGCAGUAG